CCAAGACCUACCAAUCUCCCCGCCCUUCCUCUCAGCGCCUGGAGGAUUAUGCCUCAGAGCGGGCCGCUGACGCUCGAGCAGGCACAGGGAGGGACUUACCUGCUGUGGCUGUUGUCGGGAACGGCGCUUCUCCCGCCUGCCGCCUCUCUCUCUUCCCCCGAAGGCGGCUUCGAGUUGCGCAUCCUGGAAUCCACGUAAGCGAGCCAAUCGAGGGGGGCUUCUUGUUUCGCCUCGAAAGCAAAACUUUCAGCUGUCCAAACAGGCGGGUUCUUAUUAUCAGGUGACUUUGCUUGAAGAAUAUUUGGAAAUUACAACUGAUCCAGAAUGUGACUCGCUUACUUACCAUCUCUUCACAUUAGAAGCAUUUAACCCCAAUUCUGUGGACUCUGAAUUGAUUACUGAUCAGAGAUGAGUAUCCACAUGUUAUGCAGUGAUUUGCUACUCAUGUUGCAAAGGAAAUUUAAUAUGGCCUAGUAAAAUUGACCAUUGAAGAGCGUAUGAUGUCCACAGGUACAAGUGGGAAAAAAUCCCAUCAGGCUGUGAGCCUAGAAGGAGUUGACCCAGAAACAUGCAUGAUAGUGUUUAAAACCCACUGGGCACAGGUUAUAAAAAUUUUAGAGAAGCAUGACCCUUUAAAAAAUAUUCAAGCAAAAUAUGGGACAAUUUCUCAAGAUGAGGCCAGCACUGUGCAGAACUAUGUAGAACACAUGCUCUUCCUUUUAAUUGAAGAACAGGCAAAAGAUGCAGCAAUGGGUCCUAUCCUGGAGUUUGUGGUUACAGAGAAUAUCAUGGAAAAGCUUUUUCUUUGGAGUCUCAGACGGGAAUUCACUGAUGAGAUGAAAAUUGAGCAACUGAAAAUGUAUGAAAUGCUUGUCACACAGUCUCAUCAGCAGCUUCUGCAUCACAAACCCAUCCUAAAACCAUUAAUGAUGUUGCUGAGUUCUUGCUCAGGAACUACCAUACCAGCCGUUGAAGUAGAGCUGGUGGUUCUUCUCAACCAGCUAUGCUCAAUUCUAACCAAAGAUCCAUCCAUCUUGGAGCUUUUUUUCCAUACCAGUGAGGACCAAGGAGCUGCAAACUUUCUAAUUUUUUCUCUCUUGAUUCCUUUUAUCCAUCGGGAAGGAACUGUAGGCCAACAGGCUCGUGAUGCACUACUUUUUAUAAUGUCUCUUUCUUCAGAAAAUUGUGUGGUUGCUCAUCACAUAGUAGAGAAUACUUAUUUUUGUCCGGUGCUAGCAACAGGCUUAAGUGGUCUGUAUUCAUCUUUGCCUACGAAGCUGGAGGACAAUGGAGAAGAAUGGCACUGUUUUCUAAAAGAUGACUGUUUACUUUGUCCAGCUCUUGUACAAUUUAUGAAUUCUUUUGAAUUCUGCAAUGCAGUAAUUCAGGUGGCACAUUCUUUGAUUCGUAACCAGCUUGUGAAUUACAUUUAUAAUGGAUUUUUGGUUCCAGUUAUGGCCCCAGCUCUCCAUAAGGUGACAUUGGAAGAAGUGAUGGCUACAACUGCAUACCUAGAUCUCUUUUUGCGAAGCAUUUCUGAGCCAGCCUUACUCAAGAUCUUUCUCCGUUUCAUCCUUCUGCACCGUCAUGAGAAUGUGCACAUCUUGGACACUCUUGCAAGCCGGAUAAAUACUCCAUUUCAGCUUUGUGUGGUGUCCUUGGCAUUGUUCAAAACACUUAUCAGUUUGCAUUGUGAAGAUGUGAUGCUGCAGCUAGUUUUAAGGUACCUGAUACCCUGCAAUCACAUUAUGUUCAGCCAGAGAUGGUCUGUGAGAGAGAGAGAUUGGUAUUCUGUAUCUGCUGCUAAGCUGCUUGCCUUGACUCCUAUCUGUUGUUCAAGUGGCAUUACUCUGACUUUUGAAAAGCAAGAAAAAGAUUAUAUUCUCUGGAAAAAAAAUAAUCAUUGCGCAGAUUCCUCCGAAGAACCCUCCAGGAAGAGCAUUGCAGACUCUACAUGUAUUGUGAAAUAUGGGGAAACUAUUGAUAUCAGUUACUUGCAAUAUCUUUGGGAUGCUCAAACUCUCAUACGGCACUGUAUGAAAGAUUGUGAAGUCUGGUCUGCUCCAUAUGAUGGGGAAAAUCCCAAUCCAUAUACCUUUAUCCAAACUUCAGUUGAAGAAGAGGGUAAAAACCUAGAUCAGCCUAUUUUCCAACUGCAACCCAGAACACCUAGUAAUCAUGUUUCUUCUCAGGUGAGACCAUUGAGAGAAAAGACACAACUGGAGCUGGAAUGGGAUGAUAGCUAUGAUACUGGGAUCUCUCCAGGAUCUGAUUCAAUAUCUCCCCAGCAUGAUGAUAAUUUUAAUACCCAACCUCCUGCAGAACCACCAAAGCACAUUCAAGAAAUGAAGAAAAAUGCUAUCAUGUUGAUCAAAGGAUCAUACAUAGAAGAAUCAGACUUUCAGGAUGAUGUCAUGGUUUAUAGGCUAUGUGCUGAAAAGGAUGCACAGGAAGCAGACCGCUUAAAGGAGGAACUUUUAAUAUCAAAAUCUACAGAUGUAGAUAAUCCAGAUGCCAUCUCUAUCAAUGGUCCUCGAGAAAGCCCCGCAUCAGAUUUAAAUUUGGAGGAGGAGCGCAAUAUAAAAAAUUCAAAUCUGAUCCAACAAGCGGAAGAUGGAAUCCAAGGCAACAUUGAUGAAACAACUCUGCAACCUGAUUUGGAACAGACACUGUCUUCCCUAGAAGGAGACCAUCACACUAACAUGAAGUUGUUGAGUCUUGACCGUGAAGAUUUUAUUUCCGAAUGUGAUAACAUCAUUAAAGAAUUGGACUCAAAUUCUUCAGGCUUGGUAGAACUGAAACUGCUGAUUCCUGAUCCAGUAUCCCCUAUUGAAGAGGAAGAAGAUUUUGAAAACUUUUCAGCAGAUACUCCAUCAGCGGAAAGUAUGCCCUCACCCUUUGGAUUAAAAGAUGCUUGGCCUAGCAACCCUCCAAGAUUCCAGAAUAUCCCAUUUACCGGCCCGUUUAUCAGCGUUGUGCUAUCAAAACUGGAAAAUAUGUUAGAAAACUCCUUGCAUGUAAAUUUGCUGCUUAUUGGAAUAAUUACUCAUCUGGCCAGUUACCCACAACCUCUUCUUCGUUCAUUUUUGCUCAAUACAAAUAUGGUGUUUCAGCCUAGUGUGCGGUCUCUGUACCAGGUACUGGCAUCUAUAAAGAAUAAAAUUGAGCAGUUUGCUUCCAUUGAAAAAGAUUUCCCUGCUCUUCUGAUACAAGCACAAAAGUACCUGCUUUUACGAGUAGAUGCACUGGAUGUUCCUUUAGAAUCAUUAAAUAAAGACAACGGGCAGCAGAAGAGUGUCACAGAAAAAGUUAAGAACCUCUCAGAAGCAUCGCAAGCCCUCCUCCAGACUUACUUGGGAAAUAAAGCAAAAAAAGGCUCUGGUCUUCCCAAAGUCCCCUUGAACAUUCCAAACGCCAUCCUUGCAGCAGCUCUCUUCCCAGAGUUUCUCAAGGAACUAGCAGCUCUUGCACAGGAGCAUUCGAUUCUAUCCUAUAAAGUAUUGGGUGAUCUUGAGGAUUACUACCAAUUCUAAAACAUUUAAAAUACAUUUUCACAUUUGUUUUAAAUGCAGAACUACUUACGACACAAAUUUGAACUUCAUAUUCCUGGUACUACUUGAUUCAGGAGAAAUUGUUACUUUUGGGGUUGUGUUUCAUUUUCAUAAGAAAUUGAUUAGUAAUGAAGCCAAUACUUUAUUUAUAUCCUUGAUUUGGCUGACUUUCAGGUGUUCUCUUUUAAACUUUGCUGUUGUGACCCUUCAGAUUAGAAAGAUACAGUUAUAUAAAAAAGUGAAAAUAUUUUCUUUCUCUUUCUUGCAAAGAUUCAUUAAAUCCAGCGUGACAAUCCAAUAAGACGAUCACUGUUGAAAGGAGAGUUAGCAAUCUUCUCUCCAAGUUCUACUUUACCAGUGAUUAGACUUCUGAAUCCAAAUGGAUUCAUUCUAAGCCUGUGAUUUGCUGAAAACAGAUGCAGGUGCUGAAUGCAUACCAUGUUGCCUUAUGUUGUGGGCAUGCCUGGUACUCUAAGCUGUUGACUUCUUUGAAAUUUAGAUUAAAUGAGUAAAGUAAGUGAAUGUUAAGUGCAGACUGCAGAGUAUUUUUUUUGCCAUUCCUUGGCAUUUUUUUUUAAAAAAAUUAGGUUGCUGCUAAAAAACUCAAGCCUUAUUUUAAUAAAAUUUGCACAGGGCAAAAUAUUUCUAUGCAAACUAACUUUUUUGCAGAAUAUGUUUGUAUAUUUUUAUUGACAAGCUAAAAAGUAAAUGUUUUAGUAGUCUUAAAAAUGUAAUUAUUUCUAAAAAAAUGUGAUUGUAUAUUUUGUAAAUCAUUUUAAACAAUGAACAUGGUAAAUUUCAAAAUUGCUUUUGCUGAAAUUUUAUUUGGUUCAAGAAAAUCUUUGUGGUACAUUUGUACUUUGGUAAACCUGUUUAAUGUACACUGAUCUGUUGCAAGAUUGCACUUUAGAGAACUGGCUUUAAUAUAUUGCUCUAUUAGAAUUAGAAAAAAGAUUGUUUUCUGGGAUAAAUACAGUGCAAACUGUUACAAUUGGUGUAGCAUUCUUUAAGAACAUUUUCUUUUUUUGAGUAAUGAGACUCAUUAGAAGACUCCAGCCAGACAUGAUGAAUUGGUAUAUUAUAGCUGCAGUCCAGUUUGCACUAGAAAGAGUAAUUGUCUUUCCAGUGUUGAUGCUAACUUUGAGCAAUAAGUGGCCCAACAAUGGAAAGCCUUCGUUUUCUUUUUCAUUGGUGAAAAGGAGAAGCUAUUUUAGAACAAAUGAAAAAAAUGGGCAUAAAGACCAAGCUGGAAAACAAUUAUUUUCAUCUGUUUUUAAAUUAUAUUUAGAGGAACUAACACUUGCAAGGAGAAUUUGCAAUUCCUUUGGUAAGAUUUAAUAUAGCAUCUCUACACAUAGAGAGUAAAGAAGAAUCUGCCUCUGUAUUUUUCAGAUCAUCAAAAUUUUGCAGGAUGUAAAAAUCUUAAAAGUUAUAAGUAUCUUAUUCUGUCCUAAGUUCCAUGUUUGUUCAUACCAUACCUCAGCUCUUUGCCCUUCCUUUGGCAAACACAUCUUGGGCAUUUUACAUUUUUCUUUAGACCUGAAUUUGUUCCCCAUAGCAAUUCUUUUGUGUAUUAUUUCUCCAGAACUUAAGUAAUUGGCACUAUAGCGAUUGAAGCCAGAAUGGUUCCUUUUUGAACUGAUGGAUAAACAGUUAAAAAAGAACAAUGGAAAAUUAUUUCAAUAUACAGGUAUUCCUCAAUUUGCAACCAUCCAUUUAGCAACUGUUCAAAGUUACAACGGCACUGAAAAAAGUGACUUAUGAUCAUUUUUCACAGUUAUGACCUUGCAAUAUCUCCACAGUCACGUCACCAACUUUGGUUGCUUGGCAACCAGCAUGUGCUUCCAGGGUCCUGGGAUUAUCAUUUUCAAUCAACGUAGAAAGCAACGUCAAUGGGGAAAGCCAGAUUCACUUAACAGCCACAUGAUUCACUUAACAACCAUGGCAAAAGGUUCGUAAAAUGGAGCACAACUCACUUAACAGUUGUCUUGCAAUGGAAAUUUUGGGCUCAGUUGUGGUCAUAAGUCGAGGACUACCUGUAUGAUUACAGUGGGGAGAUUACUAUAUGCACAAAGAUGAAAAGAUUUACUAUCAUGGAAGAAUGGCUGGUAAAAUUGACGGAACUUGCCCAGAUGACCAAACUCACCUCUUGGAUUAGAUAAAGGACAGCAUCUACAUUUGUUGGUGACCUUAUUGAUUUUUUUUAUGUAAACAAAAUGAUUUUGUGACUUACAGUUUUGAAGAUUAGAACGAUGGAAGUAUAGAAAAAAGGGAAAUAAUGAUUAUGUAAUCAUAGAGAGGCUUUAUUAGAAUUAUAUGUAUAACUGCAGAGAGGGAGAUUGGAAGCCACUUCUUUUAUUUUCUGUUUUUUAUUAUUGUUUUUCUCUUAUCUUCCUUUCCUUUCCUUUCUUAUUUUUCACAUUUACUGAUAUUUACUUUGAAUGUAUUUCUUAUUAUGUAUGUAAAAGCUUUUAAUAAAAACUACUUUAAAGAAAGUAA